AUGAUGAUGUCCCUGAGCAGCAAGCAGCCCUUCGGCCUCCCCCACGGCGGCGGCGGCGGCGGCCUCCACGAAACCAAGUACUCGGCCCUGCACACCGCCUCGCCCUGCCCCUCCGCCGCCGCCCCCGCCGCCAGCUCCCCCAGCAGCACCGGCACCGGCGGCUCCGCCGGACGCGGCUCCGGCUCCGGCCCCGGCUCCGGCUCCGGCUCCGGUCCCGGCAGCGGCGGCUCCGGCUCCGGCUCGGGCUCCGGCCCCGGCGGCGGCGGCGGCGGCGGCGGCGCGGAGGCGAUGCGGCGGGCCUGCCUGCCCGCCCCUCCGAGCAAUAUAUUCGGCGGUCUGGACGAGAGCCUGCUGGCCCGCGCCGAAGCCCUGGCAGCGGUGGACAUCGUCUCCCCGAGCAAGAGCCACCACCACCACCCGCCGCACCACAGCCCCUUCAAGCCGGACGCCACCUACCACACCAUGAACACCAUCCCCUGCACCUCGGCCGCCUCCUCCUCCUCGGUGCCCAUCUCCCACCCGUCCGCCCUGUCGGGCACCCACCACCACCACCACCAUCACCACCACCACCACCACCAGCCCCACCAGGCGCUGGAGGGGGAACUCUUGGAGCACCUGACGCCGGGGCUGGCGCUGGGGGCCAUGGCCGCCCCCGACGGCGCCGUGGUCUCCACGCCGGGCCACGCUCCCCACAUGGCCGGCAUGAACGCCAUGCACCCGGCGGCGCUGGGCAUGGCCCACGCCCACGGGCUACCGGCCCACAUGGGCUGCAUGAGCGACGUGGACGCCGACCCCCGCGACUUGGAGGCCUUCGCCGAGCGCUUCAAGCAGCGCCGCAUCAAGCUGGGGGUGACCCAGGCCGACGUGGGCUCGGCGCUGGCCAACCUGAAGAUCCCCGGGGUGGGCUCCCUCAGCCAGAGCACCAUCUGCCGCUUCGAGUCCCUCACCCUCUCCCACAACAACAUGAUCGCCCUCAAGCCCAUCCUGCAGGCCUGGCUGGAGGAGGCCGAGAAGUCCCACCGCGAGAAGCUGGCCAAGCCCGAGCUCUUCAGCGGCGCGGAGAAGAAGCGCAAGCGGACCUCCAUCGCCGCCCCCGAGAAGCGCUCGCUGGAGGCCUACUUCGCCCUCCAGCCCCGGCCCUCCUCCGAGAAGAUCGCCGCCAUCGCCGAGAAGCUGGACCUCAAGAAGAACGUGGUCCGCGUCUGGUUCUGCAACCAGCGCCAGAAGCAGAAGCGCAUGAAGUACUCGGCCGGCAUCUGA